AUGAUUAAAGAAAUACACUGCCAAGUACUACCGAAAUUACUUUCUCAUUAUUAUUAUUAUCGACAUAUAAUGUGGAAGAUAAUUUCAAAAUUACUCGUACCAAUAAAUCGAUUACCCAAAAUGGAACAAAUAAAGAAAAAAAUUAUAGUUAUAGUGGGCACUACAGGUGUUGGGAAAUCUGAUCUCUCCAUUGAGUUAGCUAGGAGAUUUAAUGGUGAAUGUAUUAAUGCUGACUCUAUGCAAGUUUAUAUAGAUAUCCCGAUUAUCACGAAUAAACAUCCCAUUCCAGAAAGAAAAGGUAUCACUCAUCAUGUCAUGAACCAUGUUCCAUGGAAUGAGGAGUAUUUUAUUCAUAGAUUUGAAAAUGAGUGUCUAGCUGCAAUUGAUGAUAUCCAUAAUCGAGGUAAAUUACCUAUCAUUGUAGGAGGAACACACUAUUAUUUACAAGUUUUAUUCAAUAAAAUCACACCUUCAAUGGAAGACAUAACUUUGGAGGAUGAAAAUAACAUCAGUGAUUUGUACAAAGAGCAUCCUAUUUUAGGUGAAGAAGGGAAUAAGGAUUCUAGAUACGAAUUGCUAAAACAAGUAGAUCCUGAAAUUGCCAUGAAGUACCACCCAAAUGAUGACCGAAGAGUACUGAGGAUGCUGGAAAUAUUUUAUAUGACAAAUAAAAAACCUAGUGAGUUAUUCAAAAAACAAGAGUUAGUGUUAAAGUAUGACACUCUAUUUUUAUGGUUAUACAGUGAACCAAACCAAUUAAAUAAAAGACUGGACAAUCGAGUAGAUAAGAUGUUACAAACAGGAGGUAUGGACGAAAUUCAACAAUUAUACAAAUAUUUUGUUAAUCAUAAAUUGACACCCGAACAAUGUGAGAAUGGUGUAUGGCAAGUCAUUGGUUAUAAAGAAUUUUUACCUUGGUUACAAAAACCAGAAAAUAACAAAUUAGAAGAUAGUAUUGAAAGAAUGAAAAUAAGAACGAAACAAUAUGCCAAACGCCAGGUCAAAUGGAUCAAGAAAAUGUUGAUACCAGAUAUCAAAGGUGAAAAUAUAUACAUACUUAAUGCUACCUAUUUAACUAAAUGGAAUGAAUUAGUUUGUUCCAGGGCCAUAGAUAUCUCAAAUGAAUUUAUAAAUAACAGAAAAAUUACAUCUGAACAAGCUCCUUCUGAAUUGGUAGAGCUGAUAUCCACAAAGGAAACAGUUGAACGAAAGAAAAAUUCGGAUUGGCAACACUAUGAGUGUGAUAUAUGUAAUGACUCAGAUGGCAAGAAACUGAUAGCCAUUGGGGAGAAGAAUUGGCAAAUUCAUUUAAAGAGCAGAAGACAUAGAAGCAAUCUGACAAGAGGUCUCAAGAAAAAACAAUAUGAAGAAUGGAAGUUAAAACAAAAGAUUAAUGGUGACUUAUAG